CAUGGUUGCAAGCCUUUUAGAACCAACACAAAUCACUCACAUCCUGAAGCAUUCAAAAUCCUUAAGCCUGAACUUUCAAGUCUUUUUUGGACCAUUUUCUUCUCAAGUCUCAUCAAAUACAACACAAAAAUGGGUUUUCGUUUACCUGGUACCAGAAGGGCAUCAUUUGCUGCAAACCAAGCAUCCUCAAAAGCUUUGGAGGUGCCUAAGGGCUAUCUUGCAGUCUACGUUGGAGACAGAAUGAAGCGGUUUGUGAUCCCCAUAUCAUAUUUGACCCAGCCUUCAUUCCAAGACUUGUUGAGUCAAGCUGAAGAAGAGUUUGGAUAUGAUCAUCCCAUGGGUGGUCUUACAAUUCCUUGCAGCGAAGAUGUCUUCCAAAACAUAACUUCACGCUUGAAUGGACUAUGAAUCUUGUAUUGGAAGACUGACAUAGAUUUGAAGAGACAUUUUGUACAAUAGGCAUCUUCUCUAUUUGUAAAGAUCACCCCUUUUUGAGAAAUAGGACAUUAGAAUGACAAUUUUGUUCUGUUUUUUGUUUAAUGACAAUGAAUUCAAUUACUCAAGCA